CUACCAUUAUCUGCCCGGAGUCCAUACCCUGAGAGGCCGACGCGAGCAAAAACCCCUUGAGAACAUAAUGGCCUCCGCCACUCUGUUCCGCCUCUCGCUUCCGCCUUUCGCCGCCACGGUCUACCUUCCUCCCCACCAACACCGCAGCCGCCUCUUGCCCCGUCCUCUCACACCCAACUCACCAAAUCUCUUCCAAACCCGAUCCCCGCCCAAGCCCCACCGCGCCGGAUCCCCAAUCUGCGCCUCCUACGGCCCGACGCCGGCCACCGACCGGCUAAUCUCCGCCGCGGCGUACUUCCUCCCGCUCUUCAACGGCCUCCAGUACGGCCGCUUCCUCCUGGCCCAAUACCCAACCCUAGCCAUCCCAUUCGACCCGAUCCUCCCGAUCCUCUCCCUCUACCGCUCCGNGCCGCCUCUUGCCCCGUCCUCUCACACCCAACUCACCAAAUCUCUUCCAAACCCGAUCCCCGCCCAAGCCCCACCGCGCCGGAUCCCCAAUCUGCGCCUCCUACGGCCCGACGCCGGCCACCGACCGGCUAAUCUCCGCCGCGGCGUACUUCCUCCCGCUCUUCAACGGCCUCCAGUACGGCCGCUUCCUCCUGGCCCAAUACCCAACCCUAGCCAUCCCAUUCGACCCGAUCCUCCCGAUCCUCUCCCUCUACCGCUCCGUCCCUUUCGCCAGCUUCGUCUCCUUCUUCGCCAUCUACUUGGGAAUCGUCCGCAACGAGAGGUUUAGCCAUUACGCCCGCUUCAACUCGCUCCAGGCGCUGGUGCUUGACAUCCUCCUGGUGGUGCCGCUUCUGGUUCAGCGGAUCUUCGCUCCGGGUCGGGCAGGAAUCGGGCUCAAGAUAACGAUAUGGAUGUAUAAUGGGCUUUUUGUGUUCGUAGUGGGCUGCUUUUUGUAUGGGCUUCUCGCCAGUGUUUUUGGGAAAACUCCUUACUUCCCCCUCGUAACUGAUGCUGCCAAGCACCAAAUGUAGGCCCGGGUGUAUUUUAUUCUCUUGUGUUUGUAAUGCAACUUUUUAGUUUUACUAAAAGUAGUACCUUUAU